AUGUCACAACUAUUCGAUCCCCUCGGCCUUCUUGGACCCGUAGUCGUCAUGGCAAAAAUGUUUAUACAAACCCUCUGGGCGGAGAACAUGUCGUGGGACACCGAGUUAUCGGACAAACAUAGCACAUGGUGGAGAGAGUAUCGCAACGACAUCACAGCACUGAGGACACUGGAGGUCCCUAGGAGGGUGCUGUGGAACAUAAGCCAGGAUUACACUAUGCAUUGCUUCUGCGAUGCAUCAAAAAAAGGAUACGGAUGUGCCGUAUAUGUCGUGUCACCAGAUGAGACUAGCCAGCUACAAUCUCAUCUUCUCACCUCAAAAUCUCGAGUUGCUCCUCUCCGUGGACUCACUAUUCCCCGAUUAGAGCUUUGUGCAGCUCUCCUCGGAAGCCAGCUUGUUAACAACCUUCGUAUCAACACUGUCUUCAAUGGGCCGGUUGUGUUUUGGACUGAUUCAACCAUCGUGUUGUACUGGAUCAAAUCCACGUCAAACAAGUGGAAAAUCUUCGUCUCCAACCGAGUUUCAGAGAUCCAACGUCUGACGAAGGAUCACGAGUGGCGACAUGUUACAACAGAAUCAAACCCUGCAGAUCUAAUCUCACGAGGAAUCCUUGCAACUAAAAUUAUAAACGAACAUUUUUGGUGGCACGGUCCAGGCUUCAUCAGAACCGCGAAAGAGCUCUGGCCGCAGAAUAUAAUCCCAGCAUUGAGUACCCUGGAUGUUAAGGAAGAAGCUCGUCUACUCGUUUCACUUCAUGUCAACGAAGUAGAUUCCUCGAUUUUCGAAAGACUCUCCGAGUUGGGCAAAAUAAUUCGAACUGUCGCUUACUGCUAUCGCUUCUAUACCAACUGUAUGCUUCCUAGUGAUAAACGUCUCACAAGAGCUCUCUCUCCAAAUGAAUACAACAUCGCUUUGAAAUGUCUAGUUCGUUUGGCUCAGCGAUCAGAAUUCCCAGCAGAAAUUCGCAUCUACGGGAGGAAAAGCAACCUUUCGAAGAGUACAGCCAAAUCUCCACUCAAAAAUCUAAACCUAUUCAUGGAUGAUUUUGGUCUGCUCAGGCUCGAUGGCCGCCUAAGAAACCUAAAUGCACCUUUUGACACACGGUUUCCUAUUCUACUCCCCGCCAAACAUACUAUCAGCUGGAUGAUAGCCCGAUCGAUACAUUUACAAACGCUCCAUGGUGGUCCGAAGCUCUUACUGGCCACGAUACGUCAGCGAUUCUGGCCACUACAGGGUCUUCAGUUAGCUCGCAGAGUUGUGCGCAAAUGCAUCACUUGUUUCCGAUGCCGGCCUCGACUAUCGCAACAGAUCAUGGCACCUUUACCGUCAGUGCGCAUCACUCCAGCUCGAGUAUUCUCACAUUCGGGUAUGGAUUACUGUGGGCCGUUCCUCGUUCGUCCGUUAAGUGGAAGGGGAGCGUCGGUGAAAAUCUACGUUGCUUUAUUCGUAUGCUUGGUGGUGAAGGCCGUGCACCUUGAAGUCGUCUCCGAUUUGUCGUCCGCCGCGUGCAUAAAGGCCGUCAAACGCUUCGUCGCUCGUCGCGGUCGCGUUCUACAGUUGCACUGCGAUAAUGCAACUGCGUUCGUCGGCGCGGAUCGCGAAUUGAAGGCUUUGCGACAGGAGUAUCUAAGGCAGUUCCGGACGAAAGAAUGGGACAGCUAUUGCUCGGAGAAUAGCAUCACCUUCUGCUUCAUACCCGCCCGCUCUCCACAUUUCGGAGGAAUUUGGGAGGCAGGAAUAAAAUCAUUCAAACAUCAUUUUCGUCGAAUAAUUGGACAGAAGUCGUUUACUAUGGACCAAUUGCUAACCAUCGUAGUUCAAAUUGAGGCUAUCCUCAAUUCUCGCCCACUUUCGCCGAUUUCCGAAUCUCCAGAUGACCUCUCCGCCCUUACUCCCGGUCAUUUCCUGAUUGGAGAGCCCCUACUAUCAAUUCCAGAACCAGAUCUCACCGAGUUAAACACCAAUCGUCUUACUCGUUUACAGGAGAUGAAGCGCUCGAUACAAGACCUUUGGCGUCGAUGGUCUCGUGACUACGUAAGUCAGCUACAACAACGCAGCAAGUGGAAACGUUCCUCGACAGAUAUUCGUAAUGGUCAGCUAGUUCUUCUCCGCCAAGAUAAUUCUCCACCGCUUCAGUGGCCCUUGGGCAGAAUCGUAGAGACGACUACGGGUAAUGAUGGACAUACACGAGUGGUUGUCGUGCAAACAGUUUCUGGUCGUUACAAACGUGCAGUCACCGAAGUUGCAGUGUUGCCAAUCGAUUGUCAUGAAGAAGAUACAUCCCAGUAG